AUGGCUGAGCUGGUCCAUACAGAACUAGAUGGGAUCGAGUCACUUAGAUCCGAGCUUGCAGAAAUUGGAAGGAGCCUCAGGUCAUCAUUUCGGAUUAAUGCCUCAAGCUUCCGGAGCACUUCUGGUCUGAGUUCUACAAAGGAUGACGUUGAUGAUGAAUUUGAUCUCCAGUGGGCUGCUGUCGAGAGGCUUCCAACGUUCGAAAGGCUGAGGUCGUCGCUCUUCAGUAAGGGAGGCGAUGGAGGCGACAGAACUGUGGUUGAUGUUACUAAGAUUGGGCCAGACGAGCGGCAGCUGUUCAUAGAAAAACUUAUCAAGCACAUUGAACAUGACAACCUCAAACUGUUGCAGAAGAUUCGGGACAGAACAGAAAAGGUCGGAGUUAAACAGCCUACAAUUGAGGUGAGAUACAGAAACCUCCGUGUAGAAGCAAACUGUCAGAUUGUUCGCGGAAAGCCACUUCCGACUCUGUGGAAUUCUCUGCAAAACAUUGUUUCUGGCAUUGGUAAGUUUUCAUGUUUGACAAGGAACGAAGCUAGGAUAAGCAUCAUCGAUGGAGUUAGCGGGAUCAUAAAACCUGGGAGGAUGACACUAUUACUCGGGCCUCCUGGAUGUGGGAAAACCACCUUCCUGAAGGUCCUUUCCGGAAUUCUCCAUGAGCCUCUAAAGGUGACAGGGGAAAUUUCAUACAACGGGUUCAAGUUAGACGAGUUCAUACCUCAGAAGACUUGUGCUUACGUAAGCCAAUACGACCUGCACAUUCCUGAGAUGACUGUUAGGGAAACAUUGGACUUCUCAGCCCGAUGCCAAGGCGUUGGAAGCCGAAAAGAGAUUAUGAUGGAGGUCAGCAGACGGGAAAAGGAGGCAGGAAUCUUUCCUGAUCCCAAUAUAGAUACAUAUAUGAAGGCUGUUGCUGUCAAAGGACUAAAGAGAACCCUCCAAACUGAUUACAUCUUGAAAAUCCUUGGACUCGAUAUCUGUGCUGAAACACUGGUUGGUGAUCCCAUGAGGAGGGGCAUUUCUGGUGGCCAGAAGAAGAGACUUACUACUGGGGAGAUGAUUGUCGGUCCAAACAGAGCUCUCUUCAUGGACGAGAUAACAAACGGCUUAGACAGCUCCACUGCGUUUCAGGUCAUUGCUUGUCUUCAGCAACUUGCCCAGAUAGUGGACGCAACCAUACUUGUAACCCUUCUCCAGCCUGCACCGGAAACGUUUGAUCUCUUUGACGAUGUGAUGUUAAUGGCAGAAGGGAAGAUAGUUUAUCACGGUCCUCGGGACUGUGCCCUGAAAUUCUUUGAGGAUUCCGGCUUUAAGUGUCCUGAAAGGAAAGGAGUACCUGAUUUUCUCCAGGAGGUUAUCUCGAAAAAGGACCAGGCACAGUACUGGAACCGCCCUGGAGUCCCGCAUAGUUACAUAUCGAUCAACACAUUCGCGAGAAAGUUUAAGGAAUCGUCCCUUGGGAGGAAGCUGGGGGAAGAGAUCUCUGAUCCGUUUGAUAAGUCCCGGAACCACAAGAAUGCUCUUUCUUUCGGCUUCUCGACCUCUCUUUCUAAAUGGCAACUUUUUAGGGCAUGCAUGUCAAGAGAGCUUCUGCUAAUGAGGAGGAACUCAUUUCUCUACGUGUUUAAAACCAUUCAGCUUUUCCUUGCUGCAUUAAUCACAAUGACAGUGUUCCUACGGACCGAAAUGUCCAUAGAUGUCUUCCACGCGACCUACUACAUGGGAUCGCUCUUCUACUCGCUCGUGAUACUUCUUGUGGAUGGAAUUCCUGAACUGUCUUUCACAGUUUCUCGGCUUGCAGUGUUUUACAAACAGAAGGAGCUUUGCUUUUACCCUGCUUGGGCUUACGCUGUACCAGCCUCGAUCCUUAAGAUUCCUCUCUCGUUGCUGGAAGCUGUCGUUUGGACUACUCUCACUUACUAUGUAAUUGGAUACACUCCCGAGGCAGGCAGGUUUUUCCGGCAAAUGCUAUUACUAUUCGCUUUGCACUUGGCAUCGAUCUCCAUGUUCCGUUUUCUGGCGUCAGUCUUCCAGACGGUGACAGCUUCUACAACAGCUGGAAGCUUUGGGAUAUUGUUUCUCUUCUUGUUCAGCGGCUUUGUUAUCACUAAACCCUCUAUGCCUGGAUGGCUCACGUGGGGUUUCUGGGUAUCACCGAUGACUUAUGGAGAGAUUGGGCUCUCUGUUAAUGAAUUUCUAGCUCCACGGUGGGAAAAGAUGCUCCCAACGAACGAAACAAUCGCCCAGCAAAUCCUGAGAAGUCGAGGUCUAGACUUUGAUGGCAAUCUUUUCUGGAUCUCGGUUGCCGCCUUAUUUGGGUUUACAUUAUUUUUCAACACAGGGUUCACAUUGGCCUUGACUUUCUUGAAGCCUCCUGGGAAAUCUAGUGCUAUCAUUUCACACGAAAAGUACAUGCAAAGGCAAGCAGCAGUAAAGGAUUCUAACGAGCCUGAUGCUAAAACUGAAGAGAUGAACAAGGACCUGCCUGAAAUAGGCUAUCCUAGAAGAGACAGGAUGGUUCUACCUUUCACGCCAUUAACGCUCGUGUUCGAAAAUGUUGAGUACUACAUAGACACUCCUCCGGCACUUCAAGAACGAGGAUUCACGCAGAAACGACUCCAACUUCUAUCUGACAUCACAGGUGCUUUUAGGCCCGGGGUUCUUACAGCACUUAUGGGGAUCUCUGGGGCUGGGAAAACAACUCUUAUGGAUGUUCUCUCGGGAAGAAAGACUACAGGGUACAUGGAAGGAGAAAUAAAAGUAGGAGGAUACCCUAAGGUUCAGGAAACGUUCGCUAGGAUCUCAGGGUACUGCGAACAGAGUGACAUACAUUCCCCGCAAAUCACGGUGGAAGAGUCCAUCAUCUUCUCAGCUUGGAUGCGUUUGGACCCUCAAAUCGACUCAAAAACCAAAGCAGAGUUUGUAAAUGAAGUUCUGGAGACCAUAGAGCUCGAUGGGAUCAAGGACACACUAGUGGGAGUUCCCGGUGUUAGUGGUUUAUCAACAGAGCAGCGAAAACGCCUAACUAUAGCAGUGGAGCUCGUGGCAAACCCUUCCAUCAUUUUCAUGGAUGAGCCUACAACAGGUUUGGAUGCAAGAGCAGCUGCAAUCGUCAUGAGGGCAGUGAAGAAUGUAGUCAAUACAGGACGAACAAUCGUAUGCACCAUCCAUCAACCGAGCAUCGACAUAUUUGAGUCAUUUGAUGAGUUGGUUUUAUUGAAGGCUGGUGGCCGGAUGAUUUAUUCGGGUCCCUUGGGAAAGAAUUCGUGCCAGGUCAUAGAAUACUUUGAGAGUGUCCCUGGGGUGGCGAAGAUUAGAGAUAAUUACAAUCCAGCAACAUGGAUGUUAGAGGUGACUUCUACAUCUGCUGAAGCUGAACUUGGAGUUGAUUUUGCUCAGAUAUACAAAGAUUCGCCUUUACACCAAAGCAACAAAGAAAUUGUGAAGCAGCUCAGCACCCCACCCCUGGGAUCCACAGACCUGCAUUUCCCGACUCGAUUCUCGCAGAAUGGGUGGGGCCAGUUCAAGUGGUGCCUGUGGAAGCAGCACUGGUCUUACUGGAGAAGCCCCUCAUACAACUUGCUGCGGAUCUACCACGUUCUGGCGGCUUCUCUGCUGUUUGGCAUCGUCUUCUGGGACCAGGGGAAGAAUAUAGAUAAUCAGCAGAAUCUAUUCAACAUGCUCGGCUCAUUGUACACAGCAGUGUUAUUCUUGGGCAUAAACAACUGCUCAUCAGUCUUGCCUUAUGUUGCCACCGAACGAUCAGUCAUGUAUCGUGAAAGGUUCGCAGGAAUGUACUCCUCGUGGGCUUAUUCACUUUCACAAGUCAUCAUUGAGAUUCCUUAUAUCUUGAUUCAAACCAUCCUGUAUGUGAUCAUCACAUACCCGAUGAUCGGGUAUUAUGGAUCAGCAUAUAAGAUCUUCUUGUACUUCUAUGGAAUGUUCUGCUCGCUGCUGUACUUCAAUUACCUAGGGAUGCUGCUUGUAUCGCUGACCCCAAACUUCAUGUUGGCUGCUAUUCUAUCUUCCGCCUUCUACACGAACUUCAAUCUGUUUGCUGGGUUUUUGAUUCCUAAACCGAGAAUUCCGAAAUGGUGGAUUUGGAUCUAUUAUCUGUGCCCCACAUCCUGGUCGCUGAACUUGAUGCUAACUUCACAAUACGGCGAUAUUGACAAGGAAAUCACGGUGUACGGUGAAACCAAAAUGGUGAAGGCCUUCAUGAGGGAUUACUUCGGGUACAGACAUGAUCAGCUGUACAUCACCGCAAUAGUUUUGACAGCAUUCCCCUUCGCUUUCGCUUUUCUUUUCGCCUUCUUUAUAGGACGUUUGAACUUCCAAAGAAGGUGAAUCAUAGCCUACAUGUGGAAAUAAUUGUACCCAAACAGUCGGAAACUAUUCCUCUGGGAAAUAUUGUAACUCAUGGACCUGCUGAAUGGCUUUUCUAUUCGACACUAUACUGUACAUGAUAAGAAGAUUUGAGCUGCCUCAUAGCCAUAACAGUUGAAAGGAUGUAUAACAAUAGUUUUGAUUGCUCA